UAUGACGAGCUAAAUAAAAGAUAGUGCAUUCUAUACUUUUUUUAUAGACAAUCCUGAAAAUCACUCUUUAUAAAUAAAUGGUCAGAUGAAAAACUCAGACACUAAAUUUAGAUAUAGAAAAUAUUGUAAGAGUUAAACAGUUGAUGUCCGCUUUCCAUGGAAUACUACAAAGGUUCAUUUUAGAGUUAGAGAUCAUAAUGAUUUGAAAUUAGGUUUUGAUUUAGGCUAAUGGAAACUUGGUAAAUUUGAAGCCACUUAUUUUGCCAAAGUCUUUUCAGUUGAUAAAAAACUUUAAUAUUAAUUUGGAUUGUAAAAAGAAGUAAAUAAGUAAUUAUGGCAUUCAGUUUGUAAUCAAUUUAUUUAUGUUUAGGGGUAUCUUUCAAUUCAGGAUUGUUUAUUAAUUACAACUUUAAUAUCACAAAAUCAUAAUGGUAUAUUAGAGAGGGAAUUAAAUGGAAUACCAGCAAUCAUCAAUUUAAUUUUGAUGGAUUAUUUAAUUACACUUAAAAUUUGAAUGAAUUCUUUAUUAAAGCUUCUAAUAGUUUAGAUACAAAAUUAAAUUGUAAAGACUAAGAAAUUAAAUUGGGUUAUUUAAGAAGAAGAGGAAAUGAUAAAGCUUGUGGAUUCUUAGUUGAUAAUAAAUUGAAUGUUGAUUUGAUUUGUCAUGCAAAAGUGAAAAAAUGUGAUUGGAGAUUUUUCAUUAAUAAAUCAUUGGAAGUAAGAUAAUAUGUGAGAUACAAUUAUAACGAUUCGUAAAAUCUUAAAAUAAACUAAAUAGAUUGACUAUCCAUUCAGGAAUAUCAGUACCACUUAAGACAAUAGGUAAAGUGUGCCCAUUAACAUACUUAACUGCAUUAUAAGUUGAGUUGAACAUUUGAUA